GCGGAAGUGGUGUCGUGUGGCCCCUCCUCCUCCCCCUGACACCGACACGCACUCACCGGUCAGCCCAGCUUUAUUGUCUCUGCCCUUCCUCAACUACCGAAGCACACCCUGUCCCGCUGGUUCUCGUCUUCUGCCGGUGAUCGCUGGUUUAUGAUCGGCCGUCUGUUCGGUGCUGUGUCUCAGAGGGUUCCGAGCUUGAUUUCCCGGGUGUUGCUGGUGAUGAAGCCGCAGGUUGUGUUCGUGUUGGGCGGGCCUGGCGCCGGCAAAGGGACCCAGUGCUCCAACAUCGUGGAGAAAUACAGCUACACUCAUUUGUCAGCUGGGGACCUGCUGAGAGCAGAGCGAGCCAGAGAGGGGUCAGAGUUUGGACAGCUCAUUUCCAGCCACAUCAAGGAGGGUAAAAUCGUCCCUGUGGAGAUCACCAUCAAUUUACUCAAGAAGGCGAUGGAAGAGACGAUGCAGAAAGAUGCAAAAAAGUUCAGAUUCCUCAUCGAUGGUUUCCCCCGCAACGAGGACAACCUCCAGGGGUGGAAGACUGUCAUGGAUGGCAAAGCCGACAUCAAAUUUGUGCUUUUCUUCGACUGCGCUAACGAGGUCUGCAUCAACAGAUGUCUAGAAAGAGGGAAGAGCAGUGGACGCACAGAUGACAACAGAGAAAGUCUGGAGAAAAGAAUCCAAACCUACCUACAGUCCACACGGCCAAUCAUUGACCUGUAUCAGAAAGACGGCAAGGUGCACACAGUAGACGCCUCUCGUUCUGUGGAUGAGGUGUUCGCUGAUGUUAAAUCCAUCCUAGACAAAGAAUUUUGAAUUUUCCCAACUGCCAACAUUCACUUACCUUUUCGGUUUUCUUUUUAUCAACUGCAAGUACACUAUAGCAAGUUUAUGUCCAUUCAUAUGACUUUUUACGUUGGUUACUUUCUUUUUUUGAUUUCCAUGUAUUUUAUAUUUGCUGCACUCUGUGUGACUGUGUGUGUAUAAUGUGUAUUAGUGUGAGUGAGAGGUGGACAUGCCUAGCAGCUUCUUGUGAUUCAUGUUCAGGGAGCUUAGAGCUCACCUGUCAUCAUAGUCUGAGGCCUUCCAUAGGAACAAAACGAUCAUUAGCUUAGAGGAAUGCUUAAAGUAUGGGAGGUCUCUAUGGUAUUUGUGUUUUCACCUCACAGAAUCAUGUUAUUGGAAGUAGCCAUAAUGUUUCAGACCAAAUAGUUGUUUGAGCUCAUGGCGAGAUGGACUGAUUUAAGACUUUAAACAGAAGUUAAUAUUGUCUCAUUCAAAUAAAAAGCAUACAUCAGUCAGAACUGCUUGUAUGACAUGACAAGUACUCUCCAUCUGUGUGAUGAAUGGCUCUUAAUAUUUGACACCUCGAUGUGCUUCACCACAGCCAUGAAUCCUGGCUCAUAAUUUAAAGAAAUAAGGCAGAUAAAAAUAAAUGUUCUGUCAAAUCUGUACUGUAUCUUCUUGAAGGAUGGAUGAUAAAUCUAAAAAGUGAAAACUGA